AGAAUUACAAACCACUCGCUUUUCGGCCCCUUUUUUGUGCUUUGUCUUCCUUUCUCCUCCCUCCAUUUUCUUGGAAGUUGGAAGCCACUUUUCUGCUUCACUCCUUCAUCGCCAUCAAAAUCACCAAAUCAGAGAUGGCAUGUAAACUACAGACUCGCGUUCUUCACAACACUUCCUACAAGAACACUUGUACUUCAUCAUCACUUCCUCAAUCUUCAACCGCCUUGUUCUUCAAUCACCAAGACCUCGAUUCAUCCCGACCUUCCGUUCACAUUCCUACGUUCCCUUCAAAUCUAUUCCUCAAAACUUACAGGACGCAUCGCGAUUGGUUCGUGACCACUUGCGUUAAUCGGACUCGAGAACUCACCGAUGAUGGCCGCGAAACUUUUAUUGCAAAUGAGGAUUAUGUGGAUGAGGAUUCUCGAAAGCAAGAAGGCGAAGUUGAAGUGGUGGAAAAGGUAGAGAAGAAGGAACUGGCUGACCAGAGUUUAUGGGGUCAGAUGAAGGAAAUUGUAAUGUUUACAGGACCGGCAACGGGACUUUGGAUAUGCGGACCACUAAUGAGUCUUAUUGAUACGGCCGUUAUUGGUCAGGGAAGCUCCAUUGAGCUUGCUGCCUUAGGCCCUGCUACAGUUGUGUGUGAUUACAUGAGCUACGCGUUCAUGUUUCUCUCGAUUGCGACUUCUAACAUGGUAGCUACUGCCCUUGCUAAACAGGAUGGAGAAGAAGUGCAGCAUCACAUCUCUGUCUUGCUUUUAGUUGGGUUAGCUUGUGGCUUCGUGAUGCUUUUGUUCACAAGAUUAUUUGGUGCAUCAAUGCUCACUGCUUUUACUGGGUCAAAGAAUUUACAUGUAUUGCCUGCAGCAAACACUUAUGUCCAGAUUCGAGGCUUGGCAUGGCCUGCAUUACUUGUUGGAUGGGUUGCGCAAAGUGCUAGUCUUGGUAUGAAGGAUUCUUGGGGACCCUUGAAGGCUUUGGCCGCUGCUAGUGCUAUAAAUGGCAUUGGUGAUAUAGUUUUGUGUAUCUAUAUGGGCUAUGGUAUUGCAGGGGCUGCAUGGGCUACAAUGGCAUCACAAGUUGUUGCUGGGUAUAUGAUGCUUCAGAGUCUAAAAGGGAAGGGAUACAAUGCAUUUGCCCUCUCCAUUCCCUCAGCCCAGGAGUUUUUUUCGAUAGUUGGGCUCGCUACCCCUGUAUUUGUAACACUAAUGUCAAAGGUGGGCUUCUACUCACUACUUAUAUAUUUUGCCACAUCAAUGGGCACUCAUACAAUGGCUGCUCAUCAAGUCAUGGUUCAAACCUUCUGCACGUGUACAGUAUGGGGUGAACCUCUCUCUCAAACUGCCCAAUCGUUUAUGCCUGAAUUGAUUUAUGGCGUUAAACGGAGCUUGGCAAAGGCUAGAGUACUUCUAAGGUCUCUGGUAAUAAUUGGAGCUAUACUUGGGUUGCUGUUAGGAAUUGUUGGAACAUCAAUUCCUUGGUUAUUCCCCAAAAUUUUUACGCCUGACCAGAUGGUUAUCCAGGAGAUGCACAAGGUGCUAAUUCCUUACUUCAUAGCGCUUGCUAUAACACCCCCUACUCUUGGCCUUGAAGGAACAUUGCUGGCUGGACGGGAUCUAAGAUUUAUAAGUUUAUCAAUGGGCGGAUGCUUCACCUUUGGUGCAUUUGUACUAUUGAUAUUGAGCAGCAGAUAUGGCUUGCAAGGCUGCUGGUUUGCUCUCGCAAUAUUUCAAUGGGCUCGGUUUUCGAUGUCCCUCCAGCGCCUUCUUUCACCCAAUGGCAUGUUAUUCUCUGAAGAUUUUGAGCAGUAUAAGCAAUUAAAGGCUGCAUAGAUCAGUAGCUUAGUUUUAUAUAAUAUAGUCCAUGACACACCUUGAUUGGGAAUUUGGGAUAGAAGAAGCACUCUUGUAUUUAUUUUUAAAGUGUCGAGGGAUAGGCAUGCCGUUACGGUCUACAUGCCAGAGCUCAUUAAUUCUUAAACGCAUGAUGCGAUGCAAGCAAUUUAUAAGCUUUAGUGUUCCUCCUGUUAUUUUAUUUCUAAAUUUAAAUCUGGAUUAUAUUCCUUGUAGAAUCUAGAAUGUGUCAAUGUGAUGUGGUCUUAUAAAUGCAAGCCUGCUGUUGAUUAUGCCAAA